AUAGCCCAUUAUUAUACCUUCUUUAUACCUUUUUUCUAACAGUGUAAGUUACCACGGCGCCUCUACCUUUGACGAAGUAUUCACAACAUUUGGAAUCGUGCGAGCUAUUUUGGAACGCCUUAUGGGAAACAUGUCCUACGGCACCGAAAAGACGUAGCGUAGCACUUCAGUUGGGAAUGGUCUGUCUCGUUCGUUUGCAUUAGGCAAACUCAUUCAAAAGGCUUCUGACUCAUUGUCGUUGUGCAGUCUCUGCCACACAUCUUGAAUCCCUUAAGAUGAGUUAGAAAUCGGCGUUUCUCACUGAUGUCUGUUAGACCAAAUCAUUGAAUUGGUUCCUUAUACCCUACAUGCGGUCUUCGCCACACAACACAGUUGAACACGAUGUCGGGAAGGCAGCUUCCCUCCGAAACUCCCGAUUCCCUCAAUGAGAAACACUCGGCUUAUACACAUUCAACGAACUGGCAUGACCUCAUUGGGACUGAGGGGAGAAUUCAUUGAGAUCAUGCUUCGUAUUUCGAGAAAGGAUAAGAAGAAUCAUGGGCGUACUGAGAGGGGGAUGUGGGGCGUUCCCCUUCUUUCUCCAAGGUCACUUGUAACAUAUUUGUUUAUUCACGGGGCAUCAUUAUUUUUCUCAGAUGUCAAAUAAUUUGAACCUGUGCACAACCGCUCAGUCCGCAGCAUCUGUCUCCAGGAAAAGAGAUAAGGUGGUUGCAUGAUCCCCUAGCCCCUGCUAGGAACGCCCAUGAUAAGAUUAAAUGUUGUACUGGAUCGCCGGGGAUGCCGUUCUCAGGGUGAACAUAACUAUAGUUGGCGGCUAUGUUUCGGUUCAGGGUUGAGCUACUGGAGUCUACGGAAUUCUCCUGGUUGCGCUUCAAGUAAGAUCGAUUCAAAUUGAAAAAUAAUGAUUGUAAAAAACGUGAGCGCUAACCUCGGAUCGUAGGCGUUUACGAUUAGCGCUACAAACCGGCAAACCUGUCUUGUCCACGGGAACGCAUCGAACGUCUUAAAGAAGUUAAACAUACCAAAUUGUACAUGGAGUACGGUCAGCACGCGAAGCACGUGUUUGAAGUCUAGAAGAAGAGACACCUCCAAAUUACAGAAAACAACUGAUAUCAGCUUCAUGAGGAUUAUAUUGUGUCAAUUCUGUUCAAUCGGUCCACUCAAAUCUCUCAUACUUUCCAUGUUACAGGUUCAACCGCGGUCACUACGAAACGACCCGCCAAAACGAGUCGUAAGUGAUAGACUGGUGUCAGUUCUCCCAUCAAUAUGGUAGCCGCGCACUGCAGUUGGAACCCGCCGUAGAGCCCAUAAUAUUUACUGGUGUUCAGGCAGCACCGCCCGGUAUAUUGCCUUUCGGUACUGAAUGGCUGGGGGGCAACUAAUGCCAAAGGGACACCGAAACCAUCUGGAAAAUAAUGCUUAAUUUAUUCACGCUUCUAAACUAAAGACUUUGUGCAUGUAUGCAUUUUUUAUGGGCGAAAUCCAGGACAUUAUCCCCUGCAUGUAUAAAAUGUAUAAAGGCACGAACGGAAUUGUCUUGUUGCCCGUAAGUGCCUGCAUGUCUCAUAAUUUACUGAGAUAUGUGUCUUUCACAUCUGUAGCCCAGGAGCAGUCUCUUACGAGAGCAAACCUCGAUACACGUUCCUAUACAUAACUUCAGGGACGGUUCCUGUGGCGAGACAUAUAAGAACUGUUCUAGCUGGACUCGCGCCCUCUCGCUAUAUCAAAAUUGCUUGGUCCAUAGCCAAAUCCACCCCAUCAACAACAGUCUGCAGUUUUUGGACACCGUUGGACUUGGGUUCUCACUGUGAGGAGGCGAUUCCAUAUUCCAAUUCACACCAGAUUACCGCUUCCAAUGGGUUAGAGUAUCGCCCCUGCCGACCAAAAACUCCCCACUCAUCGUGACUGAAAUAAAGUUUUUGUUGUUGCUGUUAUUGUUAAGGGCUGUCCUGUACCCUCGCAGCAACAAUGUCGUCUUUUUCUGGCUCAUAAUCAUGAAGCUAUGAUGAACCUAAUUUGAGCAACUCCUAUGAACCAUAAAAAUAAUUGGGAGUAAACCCGAAGGUGAGCCAUCCUACCUUCGUGUGACGACAUGGUGACCGUGCCGCAGAGUACAGGGCUGCGAACCAUGUUGAUCACCCAGGGUUCCUUAAUGUGCGCCAGAACCUCCUGCUGUGAGCGAAUGUGCCACUGCGAUAUUUCUGCCCUCCUCGACCGGUAUCGCGCCAGCCGAGCUCAACCCAGCAACAUGCUUAGGCUAAUGAGAUCAGCCUCAUAUGGGCCAUCUUUGCCUCAGACACAAAGUACUUAGUUGCUUGCAAACUCCUUGCCCUAUGAAACGCAACAUAGAAAGGGCGAAGGACACAUAUGGGAGCAUGUCAGACGAUUUUGUACUAUGUAGCGCUCAUCUAGGCAAGCCACAGCCUCAAAACGUAAUCUCAGGUGUUUCUCUUGCUUUCUGAAUUUCAUGUGUUACACGUGCGGGUAAUAUUGACGAAUACUGCAACGAGAAAAGAUCAUUUCAAUACUUAGAAGCCCUCACUUACUCAUUUACUACUGCAAAACUGUGUUAACUGUGUGAAGGGUGCAAAUGCUCUGAAAGCAACGUUGCGCAAUAUCUUGUUGACCUGUAACCGGACAGUGAGGUGACGACAGUGUCAACAGGAGCUGUUUGUGUGUAGUUAUCUUAUUGACCAUGGGAUAGUCGCGCACCGUCUGCUCCUCACACGGUUCGUAAAACAUCGGAGAUGCAACUUGUGCAUUGCUACGCUACACUACGUCCGUAAUUUUCAUCGACGGUAUCCAAUGCAACUAUUUGCAAUUUAGGUCCCUAGGUAUAUUGUUACGAUACCAGCAGUGUAUACUACACUGUCAGUACGAUAGUGGAUAGAUGGAAGACCUAUACGAUAUGUAAGUACAUCUUUCUCCUUUUGAUGUGUACCUGUAGGUGAGUAUUCAGUUCGGUUCUGGGCUGCAAAGGUGCUAUCCUGUUCAUGAUCCCUUCCUACUUGCAGGCUUGAAACUGUUUCGCCAGGGAAAACAACGGAAAAGCGAAAAUGAGCGUCAAUACGGUGAACAAGUGAUGAACUGAACGAGAGUCGCGAAGCAAGCCUUGCUAUCAGCGGCGUACAGACACAGCCAAAUGACGACAGGACAGCGGGAGAAAGUGGACAGAUAUGCGCUUCCGGCCGACUUCACGGGGAAAUGUGCCAACAUUCGUCUGUAAAGUAUUUCUUCGUAGCCUGAAGUCAGCAUGGACAUGAUCCACCAGCUUCACCAUCUUGCCAGAGAAAAUCUCAGACAGCACUGCCGAUGGAAAUGAUUCGAACAUACCACCUCCCGGUUUCCAGUACGGCCUUGGCUACCACCGCUCUCUUGCAAGAAUAUUUGGACUGUAUGCAAAACCCAGCGCCAUCUUGUAGCACUCCCAGGAACCUGCGUCAUUCCGCCAUGUCUGAGGCUCCCUCCCCGUCUGACUGUACCCGAUAGCGAGUCAUGCACACGUCUGUGGACAGUUCUAUCGCGUGUCAUGCCUUAGACCUGCACUGUACCGCUAUGUUAUUCGCAUAGUCAGACAACAGGCUCGAAAGAGAAUGCAAACAAGGUCCCGCUCGACACCAACGAUGUUCGUGUCCCGCAGCGGAGGACGUAUCCUGGACUUCAUCGAGGAGGUGGACCUACUACCGGCCAGCGUUCGUGUCGUUGUCCUACACUGUGGGACUAACGACAUGCCGUUCGUUGAGCCCAAGUUGGCCAUCUCGCACUACCAGACACUUCUCGAAAGGAUCCGUGCCCGUGGAGGCAUUGAAAUGGCGGCGUAGGGAGUUUCAGUGUAACCCAAGGGCACACGCCUUCAACCGCCAGCUGGUCCAGCUAUGCAGGAGGUCCCGGGACCUUUUCUACCUCGACCAUGGCUUCUACCGACGACGUCCAACCCAUGUGCUUGCGGCGGAUGGCCUUCACCCAAACUUCGAAGGAGUGCGGAUGAUGAGCUGCCACCUCCAGGACCUGAUCCCACACCUGCUUCGACAACUUCCACCACGCAGAGCUGACGCCCCGGUCAACCCGGAUCCAGUGUGGCCCACCCCACAAGAGGCAGCCAUGCUGCGACGAAGACACUCCGAACGGACAUCGAGGGCACGUAAACAGGACUGACUAACCGCCGGUGAGCGUACCUUUUCUAAUCCAAAUGAGCCAUGCCCGAGUACAAAAGCAUUUUUCAAAAUCCGACAAUUAAACGACAAAUAUAUACGCUACAAUUCCCACCGUACCGCACUGCAAGUCUAUAGCGAUCAUAGCAAAAUUCCUAAAGGACUCGCGAUUAAGCUCCAGCCUACCUUCCCUCUGAACCACACCCUUCAAAAGAAAUGGAAUGAAACCCUUAGCAACGCCUCUACUGCAUUACUGGAAGUUCUAAUAGCCCACUGUGAGGAAACAACUGCAGAAAUAUCUCAGCAAGCUAAAACUAUCCGCGAUACUGUGACCCUUACGGACGCGCAUGAGUCAGAAUUGGCACAGUUCACUAGGAACUUGGAAGAAACUGUGAAUAACACGAAACGUAAAAAAAUGACAAGGGACCAGAUAGAUCCUGACCUUAUGUCUAAAUAUAACGCGAAUUUCGCAGGUAGUAGUAACAUAAUUACUCCCUCGUUAGAUUCCCAAGGUGAAACCGAACACUGUGACAAUCAAAAUCCUAACGCUCAUGACAACACAACCAAUACGUCACCUCAAAAUGUUGUUAAUUUGUCGUCCCACCCCCUCAGCGAUUCUGAACUAUCACUUCUUAGCCGUGGGCUUUCAUUCUGCCCAAAUAAUAACAAGGUAGACGAAUACCAACUCCAUCUCGAUUUAGAUAAUUUUGCACGACGUAUGCGUCUGAAAGAGUAUUUUCAUGAUAAGCCUGAUACAACACCCACACCUUUCAAGCCACCGUGUGAAUUUACGCCAGAGCCCAAUCGCGAAAAAGCUCUUGAUAUAUAUAUAUAAAAGCAGUUCAAAAAGAUAUAAACACUUCAUAUAACCCCUCUUCCCGCAAAACCAAACCAAAUUUGAGUCAAGCCGAGCAAAGUAGUCUGUCGCAUCUUAAAAAAUCGAAAAACCUAAUAAUCAAAAGGGCAGAUAAAGGUGGUGCAAUUGUCGUAAUGAAUAUGCAGGAUUAUAUCGAUGAGGGACUGCGACAAUUGGCUUGUGCCACGUUUUACAAAACUUUAGACACUGAUCCCACGGAACAGAUUGUUUCAGAUAUCACAAAACAUCUAAAGGCAUUAAAGGCCGCAAAGAAGAUCGAUUCGGCGGUAUAUGAAUACCUUCUUCCCCGUAACUCAAAGCCAGGUAGAUUCUACAUGCUCCCAAAGAUUCAUAAACCUGGGAACCCCGGACGUCCAAUCGUUUCCUGCAAUGGGACAGCCACUGAAAAACUCUCUAGUUUCGUAGAUCAUCUUCUUAAGGACAUACCCCCGCGACUACCAUCGUACAUCAAGGACACCAAUCACUUCCUGCAAAUACUAAAUCAAUGUCAGCCACCCCCAUCUAGUCUCCUAGUUACGUUAGAUGUUUCUUCCCUGUAUACCAAUAUUCCCCACGAUGAUGCCGAGGCGCCUUUUUCAAAGUACUCUGAUUCUUCUUGUGAUCCAUCUGUCGUAUCUACUCUACUAGAACUGAUCCUAAAGAACAACAACUUUGAAUUUAACGAUGGCCACUAUUUACAAGUCAACGGCACCGCUAUGGGCACUAAAAUGGCACCAAACUAUGCAAAUCUAUUCGUGGGUUCACUAGAAGAAGCAUUCUUGAGCACGCGCGAGGACAAACACACUUUAUACAAGCGCUACCUUGAUGACAUAUUUAUGAUCUGGCCACAUUCGGAAGACAGCCUAUUGGAAUUUAUACGCGAUUUCAAUGAAUUCCAUACUUCUAUUAACUUCACUCACACCUAUUCUGCCGUCACUGUUAGCUUUCUUGAUGUUCAAAUUAAGCAAACCAAUGGAGUUUUAACGUCUGAUCUGUUCCGUAAACCCACAGACUCUCAGCAGUACUUGUCAUUCCAUAGUUGUCAUCCUCGCCACACGAAACUGGCCAUUCCCUAUAGUCAAGCCCUUCGGUAUAGGAGAAUCUGCUCGAAUGACGACGAUCUUGACAGAAAUUUAGAACAGCUGUAACAAACCUUUGUCGGUCGUCAGUAUCCACCCGAUCUAGUUCAAGAUGCUCUCAACAGAGCUCGCAAGGCAAAUCGUCUAAGCUUACUGGAGAAAAGACAAAACAAAUCAGAAAGUAAUGCCGUGAACUUAACUGUAACAUUCGCCGGAAAUAUCCCAAACAUUAACAACAUACUUAGCCGCCACCACAGUAUCCUUCUCCAGUCAGAACGCACGAAAAACAUAUUUCCUAAUCCACCACGUGUCGCUUACAGACGUACACGUAACUUACAAGAUAGCUUGGUCCGCUCUAAAGUAGGCGAACCCACUAGCCCUCCGGCGGGCUGUCAUCCAUGUAAUGGCAGGAGAUGCCAGAUUUGCAAGUUAAUGCAGACCGCACAAACAGCCAGAAGUACGAAUUCCAACUUUACCGUCAAGAUCAACGCAGACGUAGACUGUAACUCAUGCAACGUUAUCUAUCUAAUCCAAUGCAACACAUGCCGGGCCCAAUACGUGGCCCAUUAGAUUCAACAAUCACCGAUCGGAUGUUACCAAGAAAACUAAUCUCCCAGUCUCACGCCAUUUCAAACAACCAGAACAUUCAAUCAACGAAGCCUCAGUUUUUAUUCUCCAGUCGAACUUUACCUCCGACCGCUCCCGGGAACAACGGGAAUCUUACCUAAUUUACAAAUUCCGAUCGGCCAUUAACGAGGACCCUGGCAUGCUGUCAACAAUAAGAAGUCUAACAACCUAGAUAAGACC